CCGCCCGUGCCCGCCCGGGUCCCCGCGGGGGCGCAUGGGGCGCUUGGAGCCGGCGUCGCGCGCGGGCCCCGCGCCCAGCUUGCAGCUGCCGUGAGGAGCCGUGCCGGGACGCCCCCCCCCACCAGCCCGGAGCUGCUGGGAGGAUGACCAUGGCGGGGGGCCGGAGGGGACUGGUGGCUCCGCAAAACACGUUUCUGGAGAACAUUGUCCGGCGCUCCAAUGACACGAAUUUUGUUUUGGGGAAUGCCCAGAUCGUGGACUGGCCUAUCGUGUACAGCAACGAUGGAUUUUGCAAGCUGUCUGGCUAUCACAGGGCAGAAGUGAUGCAGAAAAGCAGUACCUGCAGUUUUAUGUAUGGGGAGCUGACAGACAAAGACACCAUCGAAAAGGUGCGGCAAACUUUUGAGAACUAUGAGAUGAAUUCAUUUGAAAUUUUGAUGUACAAGAAGAACAGGACACCUGUGUGGUUCUUUGUGAAAAUUGCUCCAAUUCGAAACGAACAGGAUAAAGUGGUUUUAUUUCUUUGCACUUUCAGUGACAUAACUGCUUUCAAGCAGCCCAUUGAGGAUGAUUCAUGUAAAGGCUGGGGGAAGUUUGCUCGGCUGACCAGAGCCCUGACAAGCAGCAGGGGGGUCCUGCAGCAGCUGGCGCCUAGCGUGCAGAAGGGCGAGAAUGUCCACAAGCACUCUCGCCUGGCAGAGGUCCUGCAGCUGGGCUCAGACAUCCUUCCCCAGUAUAAGCAAGAGGCGCCGAAGACUCCUCCUCACAUCAUCUUACAUUACUGUGUUUUUAAGACCACGUGGGAUUGGAUCAUCUUGAUCUUGACCUUCUACACAGCCAUCUUGGUCCCUUACAAUGUCUCCUUUAAAACCAGGCAGAACAAUGUGGCAUGGCUGGUUGUGGACAGCAUUGUGGAUGUCAUCUUUUUGGUGGACAUUGUCCUGAAUUUUCAUACCACCUUUGUUGGGCCAGCAGGGGAGGUCAUUUCUGACCCCAAACUCAUCCGCAUGAACUACCUGAAGACGUGGUUUGUGAUUGACCUCCUGUCCUGUUUGCCAUAUGAUGUCAUCAACGCUUUUGAGAACGUGGAUGAGGUUAGUGCCUUUAUAGGUGAUCCAGGGAAGAUUGGUUUUGCUGAUCAGAUUCCACCACCACUGGAGGGGAGAGAGAGUCAGGGAAUCAGCAGCCUGUUCAGUUCUCUGAAAGUUGUGCGGCUGCUCCGUCUCGGGCGAGUGGCCCGUAAGCUGGAUCACUACAUUGAGUAUGGCGCUGCAGUGCUGGUCCUGCUGGUGUGUGUGUUUGGGCUGGCUGCACACUGGAUGGCCUGCAUCUGGUACAGCAUCGGGGACUAUGAGAUCUUUGAUGAAGACACCAAGACGAUCCGCAACAACAGCUGGCUCUACCAACUGGCGAUGGACAUUGGCACCCCUUACCAGUUCAAUGGGUCUGGCUCAGGGAAGUGGGAAGGUGGUCCCAGCAAGAAUUCAGUCUACAUCUCCUCACUGUAUUUCACCAUGACCAGCCUCACCAGUGUGGGCUUUGGGAACAUCGCCCCAUCCACAGACAUCGAGAAGAUCUUUGCAGUCGCCAUCAUGAUGAUUGGCUCACUUCUCUAUGCCACCAUCUUCGGAAACGUGACGACCAUUUUCCAACAGAUGUACGCCAACACCAACAGAUACCAUGAGAUGCUCAACAGUGUCCGGGACUUCCUGAAGCUCUACCAGGUGCCGAAAGGAUUGAGUGAGCGGGUCAUGGACUAUAUCGUGUCCACUUGGUCCAUGUCCAGAGGCAUCGACACAGAGAAGGUUCUGCAGAUCUGCCCCAAGGACAUGAGAGCUGACAUCUGUGUGCACCUGAACCGCAAGGUGUUCAAGGAGCACCCGGCCUUCCGACUGGCCAGCGAUGGCUGCUUGCGGGCCCUUGCCAUGGAGUUCCAGACGGUGCACUGUGCCCCAGGGGACCUCAUCUACCAUGCAGGAGAGAGUGUCGACAGCCUCUGUUUUGUGGUCUCUGGCUCCCUGGAGGUGAUCCAGGAUGACGAAGUGGUGGCCAUCCUAGGGAAAGGAGACGUGUUUGGGGAUGUGUUCUGGAAGGAAGCCACCCUUGCCCAGUCCUGUGCCAACGUUCGAGCCCUGACCUACUGUGACCUGCAUGUGAUCAAACGAGAUGCCCUGCAGAAAGUGCUGGAAUUCUACACAGCCUUCUCCCACUCCUUCUCCCGGAACCUGAUUCUCACCUACAACUUGAGGAAGAGGAUUGUCUUCCGGAAGAUCAGUGACGUAAAGCGGGAGGAGGAAGAGCGCAUGAAGCGCAAGAACGAGGCCCCGCUAAUCCUGCCCCCCGACCACCCUGUCCGGCGCCUCUUCCAACGAUUCCGGCAGCAGAAAGAGGCCCGCCUGGCGGCCGAGCGAGGCGGCCGGGACCUGGAUGACUUGGACGUGGAAAAGGGCAGUGUCCUCACGGAGCACGCCUCGGCCAACCACAGCCUGGUGAAAGCCAGCGUGGUCACGGUCCGAGAGAGUCCCGCCACUCCCGUGGCCUUCCAGGCGGCCUCCACCACGGCCGUGUCGGACCAUGCCAAGCUGCACGCUCCUGGGUCUGAGUGCCUGGGCCCCAAGGCAGGCGCAGGUGACUGUGCCAAGCGCAAAGGCUGGGCUCGCUUCAAAGAUGCCUGUGGGAAGGGGGAGGACUGGAACAAAGUAUCCAAGGCUGAAUCGAUGGAGACACUCCCGGAGAGGACGAAGGCGGCAGGCGAGGCCACGCUGAAGAAGACGGACUCGUGCGACAGCGGCAUCACCAAGAGCGACCUGCGUCUGGACAACGUGGGCGAGGCCCGGAGUCCCCAGGACCGGAGCCCCGUCAUGGCGGAGGUCAAGCAUUCCUUCUACCCCAUCCCCGAGCAGACGCUGCAGGCCACAGUCCUGGAGGUCAAACACGAGCUGAAGGAGGACAUCAAGGCCUUGAACACCAAAAUGACCACCAUCGAGAAGCAGCUGGCCGAGAUCCUCAGGAUAUUAACAUCCAGGAGGGCCUCGCAGUCCCCGCAGGAGCUGCUGGAGCUAUCCAGGCCCCAGUCCCCAGGGUCUGAGAGGGACGUUUUUGGAGCCAGCUGAGAAGUCUACUUAAGCAGCAAAGUCAAGGACAGAACCCCACACCCUUGCCCAGACACCACUCACCACCCAUGCCCACACGUGUGGCCAACAGUCUUCAAAGCAGGCGGCUCUUGACCAGAAAUCCAAGUGGGGCUAGUGGCUUAGGCACGCUCAUUCUCUCCGGAAAAAAGAGGG